CUGUUAUUUAACUCACAUAAUAGAAAACAUCUGGAUACAUACUGAUGCAAUCUGGUCAUUCCAACAUAGAACAUAUGUGGCCAGCACUGCUGUAUUCUAUUUCUUUAAACCCCAAUCUUACAACGGAUGUAAGGUUUAGGAAGUAGGAACACACAGCAUAGGCUGACAACGCAAUGACAUUGCUAUCCAUGCUGCCUUUGAUGUUAGCUCUGUCUUUUCCACAUUUCGCUCAAUCCGCUCCAAGACUUUCGGACCUAGAAAUCUGUCAAAUAGACAAUGCUAAACUGCGGCAUCGGAUUCAGAUUUUGGAAAACAUGCUGGAGCUGGGGAAACUGCAGCUGAAGGACCUCAGAGAAAACAAUUAUCACUCAAUCAAAAGCAAAGUGUAUAAAAACAGCCUGACCAAAAGCCUAAUGGAGGAUGUCCAGCUGCCCUCUACCUCUGGGAACCUUAUUGUUUAUGAUAAAGACUGCUCAGCCGUAUUUGAGAGUGGGAGAAAGGAAAGCGGCUAUUAUCGCAUACAACCCAAGCCACUCACUGAACCAAUCACUGUUUUCUGUGACACGUCAGAUGGAGGAGGAUGGACUGUUAUUCAACGUCGCAGCAAUGGCAAAGUCAGUUUUAACAGGAAAUGGCAAGAGUAUAAAGAAGGAUUCGGCCUCUUUAAGCACAGGAACGAUGAAUACUGGUUGGGAAAUGAUCAUAUUUAUCAUUUGCUGGAAUCAAGGGAGAUGACCCUACAGAUUGAUCUCAUGGACUGGCAGGGGAAAACCAGGCACGCCAUCUAUGACAGCUUCAGAAUUACAAAUGAAGAGGAUAAUUACAAGCUCUGGUUGGGAUAUUAUUCUGGGAAUGCAGGGGAUGCCCUAGCCGGUGGGAAUAAUUUUGAUCACCAAUGGUCUGCCUCACUCAGAGGAAUGCCCUUCAGCACUCCAGACAAGGAUAAUGACCGCUUCAUCAAAGGCAGCUGUGCCAAAGAAAACAAAUGUGGCUGGUGGUUCAACAGGUGCCAUGUGGCCAAUUUAAAUGGCGUGUAUUAUAAAAAAGGAAACUAUACUGGAACAUAUGACAACGGCAUUGUAUGGUCCACCUGGCAUGGCUUAUGGUAUUCUUUAAAGUUUACAGCUAUGAAGAUAAGGACUCCAUCGUUCCUCAAUGCUGGGAGUGGGGAUGGACUUAAUGGUUAAGAACUUGGUCUUCUGGAUGGCAUUAACCUAUGAAUGAGGCCAGAGCAAGGAGACAGAAAUUACCGACAAAUAAGAGGAAUAACUUUAAAUACUUUGACCCCAAAAUAAAUCCAUACCGGCUUGGAUCGUCAGCUUACAUGGAACUUUGCAAACUUUAUUUGGUAGAGUUCUUAAAUCCUAAAGCUGAAACUUAGUUAUUUUUUUUAUCAGCACUGGGUACAGUACUUCCAUAAAUAAUUAGUGUCCUGUAUGCUGGUGGCUGCUCUGUUCCUUAGGCACCAUUCACACCAGAUGUUAUUCUGUGUGCCCAAUCACACCACUAUGUUGCGGUGGUGUGCAGGCACAGUACGCUGAAAAAAGAAGAGCGCAUGCACUAUUUUUUUUCAGCUCACUGCAGCGCCAAUUGAACUUUAUGAAAUGUCUGUGUGACAUUUCAUAAAGUUUCUAUGUGCAGUGCCAGGUAGAAACCAUUUUGCUGAAAACAGAUCAGUUCAAGAUGAAUUCUGAGUGGUUGAUGUGAAUUACUGAACGUAAGAAUUAGCGCAUUUGGAUUAAGAACUUUGUAAUGAAUAAGGUCAUACAUGUUUUAUAUCAAACUGGCCAAACAGACAGAUGUUUAGUCAACAUAUAAUCAGCAACGUUAUUUUAUUUAGAUUCAUAUUAGCCCAGCUAUAUAUUCAUUUUUGUACAGUACAUUAGGGUUAGUGGCAUAGGUGCGCACAGCCUAUUGCGUUAGGGUGUGUACCCCAAAGCAAUAGGGCAAUGGACAGUGUCGGAAGAGCAGUGGACAAUGUCAAAAGGGCAGAGACUGGUGUCAGUUUAUUUUUUAUUU